CCCCCAAAAAAUCCCUUCUUACCCAUCUGGGGUACUGCCUGGUGUGAUAGACCCCAGCCUCUAUGGAUCUUGUACUUAGAGCUUGUUCCUGUGCUGCCAUGAUUAGAGCCUCUUUGCUGUCUUUCACUUGAUCUUUGUCCAGCCACUAGUAGGAUUUCUGGAUGUGAGCCACUUCCUCUAUAUGCUGGUACAUACUGUGCAGGGGCCUGUCCUUCCAUAAUGGCUCCUCCUCUUCCUUCUUGGGUUUCUGCUGCAUGAGGUAUUCACUGAGGAUGCGGUACAUUGGAUGUUUGUUGUGUCAUCCUGGACCAUGGAGAUAUAGAAACAGACAGAGAAGAUGCCCAUCAAUUGUGCAAAUCAUUCAACAUUUUAGGAGCUGCAAAAGUUAAGGCACACUCACCUCUAAGCUUACACUUAGUUUUAGGUACGCUCAGGAGCAGCUGACCUGAGAGAACAGGAGGGUGUGUAGCAUUAGGUUGUGGCAGCUCAGAGAGGUAGGGUCUCAAAAGCAAAUAAAAAAAGUUUUAAAAUUAAUCUUACAAUUUACGGGCACUCAGUAGUGCAUGCUCAUAUUUAUGCGUGCCAGUUAAAAUGCAACAAUAGUUAAUUCAUUACACAAGAUCCUCAUUAUCCACACAUCAUUUUAAUGGCAAAUGGGCAUUGCACAUUUGCCAUUAAAAUGUAUUAAAAUGUAUUUAGCACAUGUUCUGGUGUGAACAUCAGUUGUAAAAUAAUCUCACCUUAAAGUUCAUUUAGUUUCUGCCCCAAUCUUUUAUGAUCUGAGUGCUGAGCUUUUACAGAUGUAAGAGUUAUGCUUCCAGGUGUUCUUGCAUUGUGUUCUCACUGUGGAGGUUUCCUGUUUAUUUCCCAUAUAUUUCUAUAAAUAGAAUAUUUCCAAGAAUUUUCAUGGUUCAUUCUGUAAACACCAUACAUUUUUGCAUAGAAAUGAAUGCAAAAUAUUUACAGGACGAGCAAUGGAAAAAUCCUGAAACCAUACGGGCAAAUGUUUGCAUCAGCAUGACAGUUUCAUAACUUAUUCACCCAACUGCACAUUAGUUGCUCUGUGUACAACAUUGCCAGCAAACUUGCAGCAUGGCAGAAUUUAGUUCCACCAUGGCUAACUGUAACAUCUCUUCAUCUUCUACACCUGGGACCUCUUUGGACCCCAGCGGUGUGGUUCCUGUAGCAAUGCUGUCCAUCUGCUUCCUGCUGGGAUUUGCUGGAAAUAUCGCUGUCAUCAUUCUCAAGCCAAACUGGGAGAACAUGUCUAGUCUGAGCCAGAGUUUGAUGCUGAAUCUGGCUGUGUCAGACCUGCUCUGCAUGCUUACCAUUCCACUGCUUAUUACCUUUGGACUCUCUCCCUGGACUUUAGGUCUGGUUUCCUGCAAGCUGGUAACAUAUCUUAUUUACUGCACUGCUAGAGGCAGCUGUUUCACGGUGACUGCAAUGAGCAUCCAGCGUUACCUUCAGGUGGUGCACUUUGAGAGGAGGUUACAUGAAGUUGAAGCAUGGCAGCUGUUGGUUCCACUGUGGCUGGUUUCAAUGAUCCUGUCCAUCCCUGCUUUAGUGGUUCAAAAUGUGGACGACGAUAAGCACUGGAUACACUGCAAACCUCACUACUCCUCUGAGGUCCAGAGGAUUGCUGUGGUGUUCACAGGAUUCCUGGUAGGAUUUGUGGCAUUUUUUGUCAUAGCUUUUUCAUACAUCGGUCUCUACAGAAAAGUGAAUCGGGCAGCCUUUUUCAACAAUCCACAGACCACCAGACUGAUUAUCAGCAUUGUUGUGACUGUUUGUGUUCUACGUAUGCCAUAUUAUGCCAUGAAUAUUGUAGAGAUAGCAGCUGUUUCCCUAAAUAACAAGCCCCUGCUGAGGUUUUGUGAGGACAACUUUGGCACUUUUGCCUCUAUACCAUUUGUAAACAGUGCCGUGAAUCCACUCCUGUAUGCCUUUACUUUUAAUCGUUUUUUCACUCUUUGCCAAAAAAUGCUAAAUGUGUAAUGGAAAAGAUCUGAAUUCCCCCAAAUUGGCAGGGGUCAGCAACCUGGGAGCUGCAAAUACUUUUUGACAUCUAAAAUGAAGAUAACACUUUUUUUAAAAAACCUUUAUGCUUUGUAUAAACAAAAAAAAAAAACAGAAAAAAAAGAAACACACUGAGUUGAAGGUCUUAUUUACAUGAUUAAAAAGCUGAACUUAAAUUAUCCAUUGUCACAGGCUGGGUCUCUGACCCAGCAUUUUGUGUUUUAUUUUGUAAUUUUUGAAGUUUUCAUGUUAGUUUGGUUAUAAGUUUGUGUGUUGUUCUUAUUUAGGGGUUAGUGAGGUUUAGGUUAGGGAUUAUUUAUCAUCUGUCUCGUUGGUUUCUGUGCUUGGUUCCUUGUCUAGUGUAGCUGCCGUCAUAGGCAACUCUCGCAUUUAAGUUCAUUUUAUUGGAUUUGAUGUUGAAACAAUUAGUAGUUGAAAUAUUAAGAAAUAAUAAAUAAAUAGUAAUUCACGUUUGUUGAUUAGAUUUAUAUGUUUAAAUGUGUUAUUUGUGCUAACUGUGCAAUUAGAUAGGAACCUUUUUUAUAGUUCCGUCUGUUGUUGCUAAGAAGGUAUUUUUUGGCUGUCACACUCAGCAAGCUAAUUAAGAGACGAGCCACGAGGUUUGCACGUCUACAGUAAGAUAAAUAAAAGAGUGCCUUUUUUGGACUACCCCACGACGUAAGGAUUAAAGUUUUUAUUCCCUUUGAGUGAGGCCAAUGAGUUCUGACGGCAUUGUAUCGGCUGUGGUUGGACAUCAUUACAUGUUAAGGCAUGUCGAAGAAUCCUCCUGUCCGAAAUAAAUGUCAGUUUAAAAGCAAAGAACAAGUUGAGCUUUAUUAAGACUCGAGGGGAGUAACAUCUAGUUUGUCAUGUGUGUUAAGCUUGUGUUGUCAUGUCUAAGUCUGCAUGUUUCCUGUUUUAUUUUGAAAAGGGUCUUCUGUUCUGUGUUCAUGUGGUUAGUUUUACUCUUUCCUGUGCAUCAUUAUGUUUAUCCUAGUCAGCUGUUUCCUCAUGUGUCUCCACUUCCCCUGAUCACCUCAUGUGUGUAUUUAAGUCCUCUGUUUUCUGAAUGUCAUUGUCAGGGCCCUGUUUCAGAAAGCCGGUUUAGAAAACCCAGAGUUAAAAAUGAUACUCAGGGUUGAGUAACCCCGAACUGUCCAACUCGGAAUAUUCGGUUUCAGAAAGGCUGAUAACAAUUAGUUCAAUCAACCCGGAGUUGCUUUAACCCCAAGUUAAGCGCGCGCAUAAAGCCCUGAUUAGUGGAGCACAGAUUAAGCGAGUCACCAUGGAGAUGGAGGGAAAGAAGGUGCGGUCAAUGUAAUUUACAGCGCUUGAGGCUGAAAUUCUGAUGGCAGCAUAUGCCGAUAACAUGCAGAUUUUGCGGAAAAAAAGUAACACAGCCUCAGCUGCAAAAGAAAGGGAGCAUGCAUGGCAAAACAUAGCCGACAGAGUCAAUGCGUGCAACCCAACAGGCCCCAAACGUUCCUGGCAGCAAGUAAAAAUGAAAUAUAAAAAUAUAGUCCAAACAGCCAACAGAAAAAAAGCGGAGGCCCGAAAAACAGGUGGGGGUCCUCCACCACCACCACUCACAGAGGCUGAGCAGUUGGCCCUCAGCCAAAACAGUGGGCGCCCUGUGGCUGAAGGCAUCUCUGCGGGGAAAUCCUCUGAGUCAAUAACCCCGCAAGACACAAGUGCCUACAUAAGAGGUAAAUUACUAUACUCCAUUACUAUAAUGAAAUAAUUUGUUAGUUUGAAAUGCUACAGGGAACUAUGUACCUGUACAUUAAUGCUGUGGAAAGACUUCCUGUUCACAUAGUCUCCUUCAUUUACUGAAGGAGCAAUGAUUGGAAUGUGAGUGCCAUCUAUACAGCCAAUCACGCCUGGGAACCCUGAAAAUAAAUGUAAAAUCUAAGUAGUAGUUCAAGUAUCACCACAUCAUGAAUUAAGUUUUGUUCAUCCUGAUACCUGCAAUUUUGUGGAAUCCCUCUUUGAUAAAUCGUGUGGGUCUGUGACCGGGGAACACCACAAACGAGUACAGGAGACGUUUCAGUGCAACUGUAACAUUCCUGACUGCCCGACAGACGGUAGCCUUGGAAACGUGCUCAGCGUCACCAAUAUUAUACAGAAAGCUCCCGUUUGCAAA